UUAAUACUUUAGGGAAAUACACCGAAAACGAAAGUUGGAUAAUAGGAAGUAAUAUAGAAGGCUAUGCAAUGAGUCAUCAAAAAGAGUUAGAGAAAAGGAAAUAUAGAAACUGGGUGAGAGGCGGACUGGCGUAUAAAUAUCUUACAGAAGGUAUAAAAGAAUUUGCUGAUGAUGUGGUUCAUGAAGAGCAUAACAGAAUUCUUCAAGUUGCCAACAACAUAUCUGGACGUACUUGUAACCAAUGUUGUAUUAGAAACCUGCGACCAUUGCAUACUUGUAAAAAUGAUCAUGCCGGCAGAAACAAAUGUCCAUGGGGUCAGAACAACUGUAACUGUCUCUUUACCAAAAAGCAGAGAUGUCCUAAUAAAAUAUGUGACGUUAUUUUAGAAGAAAUUCUGAAAAGUCAUGGAUCGACGCCACCUACACCAAACUGGAAAAAUACAGAAAUACAGAAAUGGUGUUCAGCUCCAUGGGAGAUCGCUAAAUGUUUCAUCAAUGCGCCGGGAUAUUCUGACAAGUCUACAGCAGACGAUAUUGACAUUCCAGGGUUACUUCAUGUUUUCAUCAACAAUAGAAGUCACAUGGAACACUUGACAGACAAAAUAGAUAGGAACGGCAUAUUAAAAAAGGUUCUUCAAAGAAGAAAUGACAUAUUCCAUUCACCUACCAUGGAAAUGGAAGACUCCAAGUUGAAUGAAUGCAUAGAUGACAUCAUAACAAUUCUUGAGGAUGAGAAAGAACUGAAAGCAAGACAGGAUGCCCAAAAAGCAGUCUGUAAACUUAAAGAAUUAAAGCAAGAGAGUUUUAUCAUUACUACACACAACGAGGCGGAAGUGUGCAGAGACGCUCUUGCCUCCAUUACCAAGAAGUCAGAGGAACUGAAACAAACGAUCCAAGACGCAAAAGAUGACAUUGAUAAGAAACAAACAGGUGCUACUACAGCCAUAGAUGAUAAAAUGCAAACAGCUCUUCAAAGCGCUUUGGAAGCUUUGGCAAACCAUACCGAUAUCCAAACACUCAAACAAGCGAUAGACGUAUUGAAUAAAAGAGUAAAUGAUCUCGAGUUAGACAACUCUGCUUUCAGACAGGAAAUAAAACAGCGUCUUGUUGAAAUACAGAAUAACAUUGACAAACUGGAAGCUGCAAGAGAUCAAAGUAGGAAAAUGCUGAAGUAUGUGGAGGAAAAACAAGGACUGCAGAAAAAAUUGGUGGAACUGUACCAGAAUCAUUACGUAGGCACAUCAUUUUCACCUCUUGAACUACAAGAAAACAAUAUAGAUAUAAAAGAAGUUUAUGUACCUCCAAAAAUGGUAGUGGAAGAGAAAAUAAACGGAUCAAAUCUGUCAGAAAAGUCACCAAAUAAGCCAAAUAUCAGAACUCUUACUGGAUAUCGAGACAUGCUACAUACAAAUGGUCAAAAACACAAACAAAUCUACAUUGUAGGUGAUGUUGGGACAGGAAAAAGCACCUUUUGUAAAAUGAUGAUUCAAAAUUGGUGCUCGGCAGUAACUGAAGAGAGUCCUACAUCUGCUUACAAUGGCAAGCCUAAAGACCUUAGCAAGACUACAAUUAGUGAAAAAAAUGUCGACCGUAUCGACGACAAGGAUGAACACCCUGGCAGCAGCGAAUAUGCUAACCAUGUCAGUUUCAGCGAUAAUGUUCCCGUCAGUGACAAGUAUGCCGAUCCUGUAAGCGACAAGCCAAUCAGCGACAGGUAUGUUGUCCCUGUCAUUUACAGUAAUGUAGUUCUCGUCAGCGACAAGCAUUCCUACCAUGUUAGCAACAAGUACAACGACCCUGCUAACAAAAAAAGUAAUGUCCAUAUAAGCGACAUGUAUGACGACUCUGUCAGCAAUAAGAAAGGCGACCUUGUAAGCGGCAAGUGUGACGACUCUGUUAGCGAUAAAAAUGGCGACCUUGUAAGCGGCAAGUGUGACGACUCUGAUAGCGGUAAGAAUGGCGACCUCGGAAGUGGCAAGUGUGACGACUCUGUUAGCGAUAAGAAAGGCGACCUUGUAACCGGCAAGUGUGAUUACUCUGUGAGCGAUAAGAAUGGCGACCUUGGAAGCGGCAAGUGUGACGACUCUGUUAGCGAUAAGAAUGGCGACCUUGUAAGCGGCAAGUGUGACGAUUCCGUCAACGAUAAGAAUGAAGACCUUAAAAGCGGUAAGUGUGACGACUCUGUUAGCGAUAGUGACAAGGAUGACAUCACUGUCAGCUACUAUGAUGACCACUCUGUCAACGACUAUGAUGAAGGCUCCGUCACCAGCGAUGAUGACGACUCUGUCACCGACGAUGAUGAUGGCGUUAUGUCAAGUGAAUUUUGGUCUUCACCUAUAAACAAUCAAAAUAUUAACGAAUUGAGAAAUUUUAAUUUUCUUUUCUUUGUGCCUUUACAGAGAAUGUCUGAACUAAGCGAUAUUACUGAAAUGAUAAAAGCUAUUGUCACAGCAGCUGAUCUUGCAUCUCAUGACGUGAUAGACAGUAUACUUGAGCAAGAAUCUGAACGUUGUCUCGUCCUUCUAGAUGCCUUGGAUGAAUGGACUCCCCCAAGAAAAAUAUGUAUUUUACCACAUGUCAGUUAUGGUUUGCCAGGACGAGACAGAGCAAAGCAGUCAACGGUCAUAACACUUUCUCGACCGUCUGCUAGAGGAAUUCUCAGCAUGAAUUCCUCGGAAUAUGACCAAAAAGUAGAAUUAUUAGGAAUUAAAAAAAGAUCUGUUGAAUGUUUCAUUGAAAAGUACUUGUCAAAAUUCAACAAAGAAGGUAUUUUGGGGGAAUUCAUGACGAAAAUACAAACGUCCGAACUAGAACAUCUCGAGAAAACACCCCUGCUGUUGCAACAACUCGUUUGGCUAUACUGCACCGGAAAUAAAAUUGGGGAAUCUGUUUGCGAUGCAUACAGUCACAUUAUCAAUAUCAUGCUUGGCUGGUUACAGAACAAAGAAGAGGAAAAAGACAAUGUAGAAGAUCACGUUUGCCAUACAAGUCAAGAUAACGACAUGGAGUUACCUGGACUUUUACAGACAUUUCCUAGAUGUGAAGCAAACAAACGACUUCUCCUUCCGUUAGCUAGAGUUGCCUUUGAAGCGUUGACUUCAGAAAUUGGGUCAGGCACAUUCAGUCGAUCAUAUCUGCAAAAGAAAGGCGUUUCAAAAGGUUGUACGUCUACACUCAUUAAGUUAGGUAUUCUGGUGGAAGAGAAUUGCUUUGACCCGACAAAAGAGAACACGAGGUUGGAAUUCAUCCACAUAUCGUAUCUUGAGUUUUUCGCCGCUGUACAUGUGUCCAGUCAAUAUAACAAAGAUCAGUGUUUAAAAGAGCAAACGAAUAUUUUCGAAGACCUAUUUCAAAAUUGUAAAUCAGCUACCGACAUACUACAGUUAUCUAACGUUGUUAAAAUGAUAUGUGGAUUAUCUCCAUACUUAAUAUCAGAACUGUCAAAAAUGAUUUCAGAUAUUGUAUCUGAGGAAGAAAGAAUGAGAACACAUAGAAAGUCCGUGCCAGAUUGGUGGGACAGUCCAAACAAAGAACUUAGUCAGAUUCAGCGUCUUAUGUUCGACUGUCUGUGCGAGGGAGAUUCAGAUGAUCAACCAAUGAUCAGUCUGUGUGAUGUUUUCAUAAAGUACAAUACAAAGAAGUCCUUUCUACAAAGGAUAAUACCGGAGAAUGUGUUAUAUCUUCAGGCAUGGGGGAUGAUAGAUGUAGAAGUAUGGAAGUGGAUUGUACGGCUGAAAAGACUUCAGUAUCUGUACAUUUAUAAAAGUACGUUACAGCAUAGUGAAAUGGCAUCGUUAUCCUCAUUUAUACAAGAAGCACCUUUAAGAUGUCUUUCAUUGUUCGAUGUAGAUUGCAUUGAAUUUGGUUGUAAAGGUCAUACGAUUGAUCUUUCUAAACAUGAAAAGCUUCAGAAACUUACAGUGUUUAACCAAGUGAAAAUUUCUAACAUUAAUACUAAACAUCUUGAAAUAUUACAUUUGGGUCCAUCCAAUACAUUAGAUAUCGAUCUUCUGUUAAAUGCCAGCAGUCUGACGGAACUUCACUUUGGACCUUACUUUCCUAGAUUAUUAUACAACAAACAAAUGGAUUCCGUGGUACAUACCUUACAUCAGUUACGGAAACUCAGUUUGAAGAGGUUAUAUAUUGAUACCAAUGCUCUCACUGUUACACCUGAGAUGAGAAACCUUGAACACAUUGAACUAUACGAAGUCAUUAUGAGCCUGGAAAUAUGGCGUACAUUCGUUGAUAGUCUGCUUACUCUUCAACAAUCUCUAUCUGUAUCUAUGGAUGGUUUUGUAUUGGGUAAAAUAUACCACGAUAAAUUUGACUAUCGAGACUUUUCUAGAAGAGACGCUAUGUUAAAACACCGCAAAAACAAACACGGGGAAAUAAUCAACCCUUAUCCUCAACAGCAGCAAGGUUUUGGGGCCUAUCAGCAGCAGAAGCCACAGCAGCAGCAGCAGCAGUCACAGCAGAUGAAAAUACCACCCCACCAGGAUUAUCUGCUACGCCGCUGCUACAAGAAGGUCACGGAAAUACGUCGGACAUGUUUUUUCAACAUCCAUUUACUAUGA